AUGAACGCUUUGAUAGAGGCGCUGCAAGAUACCCAGCGAUUUCCGAGUGAAAAGCAAGCCAACAACGCUGAUGAACUCGCACACGAGCUCAUAGCUCUUCAAUCUAUAUACGGGAUGGAAGAGGUUGAACUUAAGUCUGGCGCAAACGUGGACGAGCCCACCCUGUUUGUUGUGCGCUUGCCAUGGCAGAAAUCAGGCGACAUUCACGUAAAAUUACAAGUCCGACUCCCUAAGGGAUAUCCAAAUUGCGAUGAAGCACCAACCUUGGAACUGGUAAAUCGAACGCUGGGCUCGUUCCAAAUCGAUGAUGCAAUUCGCGAUAAACUGAGCCAUACCUUCUCACCAGAAGGUUCAGCACCAUGGGUUAAAGGUGAACCUGUCCUAUUCCAAGGUAUAGAUAGUGCUUCGGAAUCUCUACAAGAUUGGUGGGAUGAACGAUCCAAAUCUGUGUCUUAUGAGGAUGAUGAAGCGCCGCGGGACACGCACCAAAAGCCUCAAACCGCCUCUUCCCGCCAAGCUGAUUUGCGAUCACUCGUCCACAGCGACACGAUACUGGAAAGAAAGUCUGAAUUUCUAGGUCACGCGGCAAGAAUCUCUCACCCAGAUGAAGUAAGUGAGCGGCGGUCAUUGUAA